AUCGAAACUUUUUUUAAUGUGGAAAGACCUACUAUAUUCUGGCUUUGCACAUCACAACAUUUUAUCAACAUCUAUCACUAUAAAUAGCAAGAGUGAUUUCGAACUAGUUUUAGGAUUACAAAAAAUGUCCUCCAACCAAUACCAUUGUUUUUGGAUUUUCCAGUUAUAGUUAUAUAGUAUUAGUAUCAUCAUCAGUUUCCACUUUUGUCAUAAUAGUUUCAGUUACUUUUAUUUUGUCAGCUUCUUUGUCUUUUUUGGGAGUUCAAUUUCACUACUACUACUACUUAAAAUGAACUAACACAUAAACUCCAAUCUUGAUUCUUGUUUUUUUCUCCAUUUGUCUUCUAUAACAAGUGGACAAAUAAAUUGAUCAUAAAUUUUCUUGAACCUCUUUAGUCUUUCUUGGACUAAGAGAAGAAAAAAAUGGUUAGCAGUGUUGUGAAAGUAUCUACAGUAGCUAUGGUUUCUUUAGGCAUUUGCAGCAGGUGCAAUUUUGAUGGUCGCGUUGGAUGUUGGAUUGGGAAUCAGAAAGGAAAAUGGAAUAAACUGGCUGCUGCUGCUGUUCCUGCAAGUACAAAGACACCCAAAUUCCGAAUGAGCAUUUCACCUAUGGCUUCUUCUGCUGCUCUAGCAGAAACUCAAUGGUCGUCUCGAGCCAAGUUCUAUACGGAGGUUCUGAAAGAUGCUAGGGAAAAGUUUACGCAGGAGAUAUCGUUUCAGUCGAUGGACAAAGAUAUUUCCCUGUCAAAGGCUUUGCUCUACAUUGCUUAUGAAGAUGAGGCAUUUAUGGCUUUCAACCGGGAAAUGGAUGCCUAUUCACUCCAAAAUGAAAGGAGAUCUGCUUCGUUGGCGUUUGAUAGCCUGGACUGGAAAUGCAUGGAAGCCAUGCCUCUCGAUGGGAAGAAUAUGAGUGAGUGGAUGGCUGUAUUGGAUUCCAUUGCAAGGGAAGUUGAGGUAGAGCUAGUUCCGAGAGAUAUAGGAUGCCAUUUGGUUGAAGUUUUGGAUGCAGUGAACGUGGUUCUUUUCAAGUCGAGGGGUUUCAAACGGUCAUCUGUGAUAGUGGACUCGAAAUGUUCAUACCUGCAUUCAGUGUUAAGCUCUGGAUAUUGUAGCGCAAUUUUGCUUAGUGUCAUUUACAUCGAAGUUUGUCGAAGACUUAAUCUGACCAUUGUGGGAUCUCGAAUUGGAGAAGAAUUCUUGAUAUGGCCCCAAACCGGAAACCCUGAGGAGCUAUUCAAGGUUACUUCUGGUCACAGCUUGUUUGGUAUUGUUAACGGCAAGUGCGUCAAUGACCCUAGAUCAAUGGCCUCGGACAUCAAUAGCAAUUCACUGUUGGAGCUUGAGAUUGCAACAAACCGAGAUAUUAUCGGAAUUGCUUUGGCUAAUCUCAUGAGGAUUCACUGGAAGCGUGCGUCAAGAGCAAAUCAUGGUUUGAUGCUGACUUCUCCACUUAGGUCUGUGGAUAAGUCUGACAAGAAGUUUAACAAGUCCGAUGCUUCACGUGUACCUUUGCUGCGGCCUCAAGAUUUGAGGCUAGCUAUUAUGGCUUCGCAAAGAUUGCUGAUUCUGCAACCGCACAAUUGGGUGCUGAGGAGAGACCACGGCAUGAUGUUGUACUAUAGCAGGGAAUACGAGCAGGCGGUCCAGGAGCUCAGCAUUUGCAUGGCUUUUGCCCCAGAAGAAGAGGCUGAAGUUCUAGAGGCAUUUGUUGAGAAGUUACACUUGUUGCGGAUCGAGUCAUCGUGGAAGAAUCAGGGAUGUUCAGGUCGGUUAACGGUUACUUGACUUGUUUGUACAAAAGCUGAGCUCUUUCUGGCUUGUUAUUAAGCCAUUAUUAUAGAACUUGUAUAAGAAUGCAACCUAUAGAACUUUAGCUCUAACUUCCUUUUUGAUUUGUGUAAAUAUUUUCCUUGGGCCAAAAAAUAAUUCUCAGCCGAACUCAGUUGUUUUAGGUCGAACCCUAUGAAUGAGCGUAAAAUAUUUUGGAA